AUGCAGCGGCUUGCGGGCGGAGAGGAGUUUGACAUACUGGUGGUUGGUGGUGGGGCGACAGGUGCCGGCGUGGCUCUCGAGGCCCAACUUAGAGGACUGAAGGUGGCAUGUGUCGAGCAGGAAGAUUUUGCUUCAGGGACUUCGUCCAAAUCUACAAAGCUCCUUUGGGCCGGUUCGCGAUACCUUGUGAAGGGCCUGGUGAAACUAUUCUCGCCAUCUUCUUUGCUGAGUCCUCUGGCAGCAUGGAAUGAAUUUGCAGGAACGUGGCAUAUGGUCUUGGGAUGUUUCCGGGAGAGAACUUACAUGCUGACCAUGAAUCCGCACAUCACUAAUUGGAUUCCGAUUGCUGUUCCGCUGGACAAGUGGAUCAUUUGGCCACCACCAUUUGAUUAUCCACCCGCUGCACUGGGGCCAUGUACAGGUCUUUUCGUCAUUUUCUUCAAGUUCUACGAUUUUCUGGGACAGUAUGUGGCUCCAACCUCCUACGUCAUGUCUUCUGAGAGAGCCAGAACGGAUUUCCCACAAAUGGAUGGCAAAAGGAUGAAGUAUGUCUCCGUCUUCUAUGAGGGCGAGCACAACGAUGCCCGAACCAAUCUCUGCAUUGCGCUGACUGCCGCAAUGUACGGCACGUGCAUCAGCAACUACGCGAAGGUUGAGAGAAUUCUAUUCGAUGACAAAGGUGUGGCCAAGGGUGCAGAGGUGCUUGAUACCACAGAUCCUACCUCAAAGCCCUUCACCGUCAAGGCCAAAAAGAUCGUCUACUGUGGUGGGCCAUUCACAGAUGGCUUGCGGCAGCUUAGUGAAGGAAAGGAUGUGAAGCCUAUGGUGAACGCUUCCGGAGGCACGCACAUUGUUCUGCCGCCAUACUAUUGCCCCCGGCACAUUGGAAUGGUUGACAUGAUGACUUCCCGAGGCUCAUUCCUUUUCUUCCUUCCAUGGGAGGGCUACACACUUGUUGGCACAACCGACGUGAAGACCAAGCCGGAUUUGCAUCACCAAGUGCCAGAGGACGAGAUUCAGUAUUUGAUCAACGAGUGCGAGAAGUACCUGUCACCCAAUCUGCAGGUGCGUCGGAGAGAUGUCAUGUCAGCGUGGUACGGCAUUCGCCCACUUUGCGGGGAUCCCAAUGCAAAAGACCAAAGCUCGGCUUCUCGCGACCAUGUUGUAUCCCACCAUCCUACAAACGGCAUUACUUUCGUCUCCGGUGGCAAGUGGACAACUUGGCGCGAGAUGGCAGAAGACGGCGUUGACCAAGUCGUGGAGCGUCACCCUGAUCUCAAGAAGAAGGCCGGCCCGUCCAAGACGCUGGAAACACCACUGCUUGGAACAGGGAAGACUAAUGAAUUUCCUGAAGGAUACCAUGAGAAUCUGGCAGUGAGGUUGUCGCAGAAAUAUGAUGUCGCCUUCGACGUGGCCCAGCACCUGGUGCGGAACUAUGGCACCA